AUAAAAUACAAUUUUUGGUAGUGUCAUAACUUAAUACUAUAAUUGUAGGCAAAUAUUUUGUCAAUUACGUUGUGACAGAACAGAUAAUGGAUCAGCAGGUGCCUAUUGUGAGACGGUUAGCAGAAGAUGUAGUGAAUAGAAUUGCCGCUGGUGAAGUGAUCCAAAGACCAGCUAAUGCCUUAAAAGAACUUUUGGAAAACAGUUUGGAUGCUAAAUCUACAAACAUUCAAGUUACACUGAAAAAUGGAGGAUUAAAACUACUACAAAUACAAGAUAAUGGUACUGGUAUUAGAACAGAAGAUUUGGGUAUUGUAUGCGAACGAUUCACGACUAGUAAAUUAGAACAAUUUGAAGAUUUAACUAAAAUAUCUACUUACGGAUUUCGAGGUGAAGCAUUAGCUAGCAUUAGUCAUGUUGCUCAUUUGACAAUUACAACCAAAACAAAUGGAGCUCUUUGUGCCUACAAAGCAUCUUACAAAGAUGGUAAAUUAAAAGCACCACCAAAACCUUGUGCUGGUAAUGUUGGAACUAUAAUUACUGUUGAAGAUUUGUUUCAUAAUAUUGCUACUAGAAAAAAAUCAAUGAAAAGCUACAAUGAAGAACAUUUAAAAGUUGUGGAAGUUGUAAGUCGAUAUGCUAUACAUAAUCCUUUGGUUGGGUUUACCAUAAAGAAACUAGGUGAGUCUUUAACUGAAAUAAAAACAAAUCAAGAUUCUACUCAUAUUGAUAAUAUUCAAGCCAUUUUUGGAUCAACUAUAUCCAAAGAUUUGUUAGAAGUAAAUGAUUAUUGUAAUAUUCUUAAAGUUAAAAUCAAGGGUUAUGUGUCAAAUCCAAAUUUUUCUGUAAAAAAACAGAUUUUCAUAUUGUUUAUUAAUAACCGUUUAGUUGAUUCUCAAGGUUUAAGAAAAGCUGUUGAUCAGAUAUACAGUAUUUAUUUAGCUAAAGGGUCGCACCCAUUCAUAUAUCUUAGUUUAAACUUAGAUCCGCUGAAUGUUGAUGUAAAUGUACAUCCAACAAAACAUGAAGUUCAUUUUUUACACGAGGAUAAAGUGAUUGAUAAAGUAAUUGAUGCUAUUCAAGAUAAACUUUCUGGUGCUAAUACUUCGAGAACAUUUUAUACCCAAACUAGAUUGCCAACAAAUGAUAUUUCAAAAAACGAGUCUAAUAUAAAUAUAGAAAUUAAAGAAAGUGAAAAAUUAAAAAUCAUCAAUUCUCCAAGUGUUUCACAAAACAAAAUGGUCAGAACAGAUUGUUCUGAACAAAAAAUUGAGAAGUUCCUCAGCAAAAGUGAUACUAGUAUGUUAAUGCUUGGUAAAUCACAGACAGAUGACGUUAUUAAACGACGAGAAAUAAAGUUAACAAGUGUGUUAUCUUUGCGCAAAGAAAUUGAAAACUGUUGCAGUGAAGUCCUACAGACAAUUUUUCAAAAUCAUAAAUAUGUUGGUGCAGCUUCUCCUACUUGGUCAUUAUUUCAACAUGAUACAAACUUGUACAUUUGUGAUUCUAAUAAAGUGCUGCAAGAAAUGUUUUAUCAAAUUAUGAUGUAUGAAUUUGGAAAUUUUGGUGUUAUUAAAUUUUCAAAUUCAUUAUCUAUUUAUGAGUUGAUAUUGAUAGCAUUAGAAUUAUCAGAAUCUGGUUACUUGAAUGGAGAAGAUAAACCAAAAGAAGAAUUAGCACAAGAUGCCACUGAAAUAUUAGUGUCUAAAGCACCUAUGUUAAAUGAUUAUUUUUCGAUUGAAAUUGAUUCUGAUUCAAAUAUAUUGUCAAUACCAUUAUUAUUAGAGGGAUUUUUACCAGAUUUGGAUGGACUACCUUUAUAUUUAUUACGUUUGGCUAGUGAAGUUAACUGGUUUAACGAAAAAGAAUGUUUCUUAAGCUUUUGUCGUGAAACAGCUAGAUUUUAUGUAGUACAUCCUUGGAAACAACAGUGUAAUGACAUUGAUGAUAUAUCUGAUGCUGCACCUGAUAGAAAUUGGACUUGGAAUUUAGAACAUGUUUUAUAUCCAUCUCUACGAAAAUCAUUUCAACCCCCAAAAAAGUUUUUAGAAGAUGGUACACUAUUAAAAAUAGCUAGUUUACCUGAUAUGUAUAAAGUAUUUGAAAGGUGUUAAUGUAUACAACACUAAACUAAAUUAUUUUUAGGCGUAAAAUUACAUUUACAUUUAUAUUAAAA